AUGGGUUCGUUCCGCUCCCCCCGCAUCACGGAACACCCGACGGACAUCACUGUGCCGCGCAACGAGCCUGCGACACUCAACUGCAAGGCGGAGGGCAAGCCGCCGCCGGUCGUCAGGUGGUACAAGGACGGCCAGCUGGUUCGGACGUCCCCCGGCGACCCCAAGUCCCAGCGCGUCCUCCUGCCCACGGGGUCGUUGUUCUUCCUGCGGGUCGUCCACGGGAAGAAGGAGGACGACGCCGGGGUGUACUGGUGCCAGGCCAGCAACGAGGUCGGCACCGUCACCUCCAACAAUGCCACGCUCGAGAUAGCAGAGAGUAUCCGCAGUGUACAUCGUCACAGCAAAAUCAGCAUAGCAGUUCCGAAGACAGACAACCCCCGUUAUGAGAGCCUAAGUCCUCGGGCGCAGUGUGAAGUGAAUAAGCAGCAGAGGAGUAGGAGCCGCAGUAGAGAGUCGUCGUUCGCCGUCGUUCUUGAGCCGAGAGCAGCAGUGCGCGAAGGACAACAAACGCGGCUCUUAGGGGACUGUGGCGGCGGGGACAGGUGGCUCGGCGGCUCAAUGAAGGGCUAA